AUGACACGAAACUAUCAUCAAAUACAGGAGACAAGUGGUAAACGACAAUCAAACUUUAUGCCUGUUUUCACCGUUGUACAACAACAAAACGGCCAUCGCAUGAGCACAUUCAUCAAUGCUCAACAUCGAUUAUCUCUCGCGUCACAAAUAUCUUUGCCACGCGGUGCUGAAUAUCGUUCACAACAACGUUUACCACCCAAUGGUCUAGAAUCACAGUCAAAUAUUCUGCUGACCGAUAUAACAAAAAUGAUGAAAGAUAAUCCUAAAAAGUUUCAUACUAAGUCAACUAAACGACCAAAACCAUCUCAACAUCGACUCUUAUCUCAUCUAUGUUGUGUUGUUGAUAGUAAACAACAAUAUGGUGAUGAUAUACACAAGUUUGACGCUUGA